GGCUGUGGCUGCCAUGUGGCUGCCCUGAAUGUACCAAGCGGGAGGCAAAGCACAUCCCAGUGAGUACAACGUGCUGAGGAACAAGGGAGGGGCACAGUUCUCCCCCGCACCAUUCCUCUUCCAGUGCUUUCAUCCAAAAUGUUGCAUGGGGAUGACUGAAGGGCUUGCAUGCUCCUCAUGCCACAGCCAGUGCCCCAUAGAUCCUGCAGCACACCAUACAGUGCCCCACACCCUCCACAUGCACAUCCUAUAACAGCUUACAGCAUCCUACGUAUUCUGUGGUGCCUCACGUAACAUACCCCACCUGCCCUGCACCUCAGAGUCCCCAGCUGCCCUCAUGCCUCAAGCACACAAACUAAGCAGUGCCCCACACCUCUGUUCACACAGCCCAGGCAAGAGGUGGCAGCACCGUGGGGGGACCCUGCAGUCCACUAGCUCUGCAUCUUUCCUCACCUUCACCAAGGUGAUGGCUUCCUUAAACUGUCCAGACCUGUCUCCCAGCAUUUUGAGAGAUGUCCCCAGGCCACUAGGCUGCAUCAGGUGCUGUUCCUUCUCCAGGGAGCAUGCCUAUCCUUCCCUCCACCUUCUGCUUCCCCAGAGAGCUUCCAGAGGGUCUCCCCCUCCCUGCUAGGACCGCUUCAGGCAACGCAAGCUGAGGGUCUUUUCCCUAGCGCCUGUCCCCGGCCAAGGGCCACUAAUGUCCCUGAGCUGGAGCCUGCUCCAACCGCUGCCAGGCUGCACCCUCUGCUGGGACCCGCAGGCAUCGGCGCGGACUCUCACCGAGCCUCGGAGCCGUCGAGCACGGGGGAGGACACGAAGAGGACCCCUGAGUAGUGCCCCCAGCCUGUCCUUGCUGUCACCCCUCCGUCCCCGAUUCCUGUUGAUGCCAGACGUACUAACACCACCCCUAGCUGUCCACACUGCAUUCCCCAUAACCAACAAUGUCCGGGUCUCUUGUGAUGUUGACCCCAUGCCCAGGACCCCCAGAAGGGCUGGAGUUUUCCUAGGAAGGUUUGAGGUGCUAGGUCCAGCCCUUGCCCAGUGGCUAGAGUGGCACCUGCCCAGCUGAAGCUGGGAGUGCCCGGCCUCACUACAGACUACACAGGGAUGCUGCAAGUAACACAGCUCAACAGGGCACUCUUCCUCCUUUCCAGCCUGUGUUGGCCUCAUCCAUCCCAGGUGCCGCUAGGAGACAUUGGGGAUAGCUGCUUGGCACGGUGCAGUUCCGGGCAGGGCUGGUCCUCUUGUCCAGGUGAAAGACGCAGAUCUGUCCCAAGGCUGGUCCCCUCCCCCUGUGCAGUGUCCCCUGCCCGAGCUAGAGGUGAAUGGGAGCACAGCGAGCUCUUUGUCAAGCCAGGGGAAAUGAUCAGGGCAUUACAAGCAUGUAACUGGGGUCUAUUAGCGCCCAGUCUGCAGCCAACACAGGAAACCCUGCAGGGCCUGGCUGGAAAAGGCAGCCAUGGUGGCAGAGCUCCGUGUGGAGGGGCAGAAGCAGCCCCAGAUAAGCCCUGUGUUCCAAUGUGAGGACAUCAGUGCCCCUCAGCUCCCAGAUGGCAAAUCCCCACUUCACCCUGGCACCUCCUUCCCACAAGCCUCAACCCUGGCAAAGGCUGCGGGUGCCCUGGGAAAGGCUGGGUCCCUAAUCCCUGGGCCAAGCGGGGACAUUGUCCGGGGGCAGAAAGGAAAGCGGCGCGUCAGGCCCUUUGCCCAUUGUGCCCUGAGCCCCUGCGCAAACACAGCCCAGCACUUUCAUUGUCAGCCUCGCUGGCCGCGGGGGGGCCGCUCUCGCCACACUGCCUAAGUGGAAUGGACAGCCGGAGUCUGGGGUGGGUGAGCAGCCCGUCCCCCCCGCCGGCCCCUGCCUGCUGACACAGCUCCCUGACCGCCUGCACCAUCGGCACUUCAGCGCCCGCCUAUAAAGGGCCACGGGAAAAGCCGGCACCGGCACCGCCACCUUCGCCUCUGUGCCCUGCCCUCCGACCAACAGCCGAGAGACCCGUAUGACCAGCAGUGAAGCCAUGGACACCCUGGGGCAGUACAAGAUCACGGUGUGGGAGGAGGAGAACUUCCAGGGCAAGCGCUGCGAAUUCCUCAUGGAGUGCCCCAGCAUCAUGGAGCGCGGCUUCCGCAAGAUCCGCUCCAUCAAGGUGGAGUCUGGCCCCUGGGUAGGCUUCGAGUACCCUGAGUACCAGGGGCAGCAGUUUAUCCUGGAGAAGGGUGACUAUCCCCGGUGGGAGGCCUGGAGUGGGAACAGUGGCUACCGGACCGAGCACCUCCUCUCCUUCCGGCCUGUCAAAUGCGCAAACCAUAAUGACAGCAAAGUCAUCCUCUACGAGGCUGAGAACUUCCAGGGUCACAAGUUUGAGCUGAGUGACGACUAUCCCUCGCUGCAGGCCAUGGGCUGGGGCAACAAGGAGGUGGCAUCCAUCAAAGUGAACGCCGGAGCGUGGGUGGCAUACCAGUACCCAGGAUACAGGGGCUACCAGUACGUGCUGGAGCGGGACAGACAGAACGGCGAGUUCAAGAAGUACAAUGAAUACAGCAGCCAGGCCCACACCAACCAGAUCCAAUCCAUCCGCCGCGUCCAGCACUGAACAGGGGCAGGGCUGUGUGCCCUGCAGCCUCCAGGCUGCUGUGCAAUAGACCUCUAUCCAGUAGCAAAUAAAGGCAUUUGUCAAAAAAAA